CAUUUCUCGGCUGUCGGUGUUGUGUUCGGUCGCCUCUCGAUCUGUCGGUGUCUGGCUGCUCCGUUACUCCACUCCGUGUUGAUGCUGGUCGGUCCGUGCGGAGCUCCGGUGCCGUUCAUGGAGGAACCGUGAAGUUUUACCGAAGAACGACCGGAGGAGGAGGACUUUUCCCGCGGCGUUGCGUCGCAGCGUGAUGCGUUGUGAUGCGUUGUGAUGGAGGAGCACAGCCGCUACGUGGCUCAGCUGAAGGCCGAGUUCGACAGCUGCGACACAACGGAGACCGGAUUCCUGGACAGAGACGAGCUGACGGAGCUCUGCAGCAGACUGCAGCUGGACGCACAUCUGGACCUGCUGCUGCACACACUGCUGGGACGACACAGCAGGGUGAACUUCGAGGAGUUUAAAGACGGCUUCGUCUCCGUUUUGUCUCGUUCUCUGGACUUCAGCACCUCAGAGGACGACAGCAGCUACCUGGAGCCAGUCUUUCCAGAGGAGGUGAAGCCGAAGUUCGUGAAGGGAACGAAGCGUUAUGGACGCCGCUCCCGUCCCGACAGCACACCUGGCGCUGCCCUCACCUGCGACUCGGAGGACUCGCCACCGUCCAGAACUGAGGCGUCGGACUCAUCGCCGGUCACCGUCCGCAGAGCCAAACUGAGACGGGCGACGUCUCUGGAGAGCGUCGAGAGCCUGAAGUCUGACGAUGAGGCAGGAAGUCAGAAGGACAGCAUCCCGACGCACUUCCAGUCCCAAGCUCAUCAGCAGGAAGAGGAGGAGCUCGGGGUCGGUGGAGAGCCACAUGUGCUGACGGCGAUGUGUCAACACCUGGGUUUGCAGCACCUCCACACUGAGGAAGUGGACGUGCUGCUCAGGAAGCUGGACGCCGACCUGGACGGCAGAGUCAGCAUCAGGGAGUUCAAGAAGGUGCUGUGUGGCUCCGUCUCCAUGACAUGCUCCACCCCCAUACGAUCAGCUGACCUGCAGAGGGCGCCACAUGGGUCUCAGAUGGUUCUGGAGGAACCAGGUCUCUCGGCCAGGUCCACCUCCUCCCUGCUUAGCGCCACCGUGGGUCAGAAGGUCCUCAGCCGGCUGGACAACGGGUCUGGAUCCACCAGCCCCGACCAGGUCAUCGCCCUCUGGACCGAAGAGGGCAUCAGGAACAGCCGGGACAUCCUGCAGACGCUGGACUUUCCUCUGGAGGAGCGUCUCAGUCUGACAGAUCUGACUCUGGCCCUGGAUAAUGAGCUGCUGGUCAGCGGCAAUGGCAUCCACCAGGUGGCGCUCAUCUCCUACAAGAACGAGAUCCAGCACCUACAGGAGGCAGCAGAUCAGGCCUGCAGGGAGCGAGACAAGGUGAAGGCCGACCUGGAGCUGGCCGACCAGAGGAACCUGCAGCUGGUCCGGGAGGUGGACGACCGACAUGCCAGCAUGGAGACGCUCAACCAGACCAGGAUCAGAGACCUGGAGCAGGACUUCCGUGAUAGGCUGACGGCGCUGCGCAGCCAAUCGGAGCAGGAGAGCGAGGCGCUGCUGCAGCAGGUGGAGCGAGAACGCAGCACGAUGCAGGAAGAGCUGCAGCUGCUGCGAGCUCAGGAGGCGGAGCUUCGGGAGGAGCUGAACGGCGGCAAACAGGAGAACCUUCGUCUGGAGGAAGAACUGAAUUCUGUGAAGCUGCAGCUGAACGAAGCUCAGAGUUCAGUCAACAAACUGCAGAGAGACUUGGACCAGCUGCUGCACGACAAGUUUGGCAGCUUGGACCCGGCCGGCGCUGGUCCGACUCAUGAGGAGGGGUUCUCCGAGAUCGUCAGAGAGUACGAGCUGCAGUGCAGGGAGCUGCAGGACAGGAACGAUGAGCUGAGCUCAGAGGUGGAGCUGCUGAAGAGCCAGAGGAGGAACCAAAGAUCUGCAGGAGACGACGACAACACAACCCUGAGUUGGAGACAACAACACUCUGACUCUGACGACUCGGACAUGAAGCGAAGCUCGAGUCCUUCGACCAGGAAGAAGCUGCAGCCGGCCGAUAAGACAGCUCUCUGCUCAUUGGACGAUGUCUCCGGUCCAGCUGUCAGCAUCCAGACAGAACUGGCUCUGGAGCAGCUGAAGCAGAAACACAACCAGGAGCUGCAGCAGCUCAACAUCCAGCUGGAGACGCAGGUGAACUACUACAAGCGCAGCCUGGACCUGAUGAGGCAGAGUAUGGAGGUGGAGCGUAAAGACAUUUCUCAGGCCUUCAAGCUGGAGAUCAGUGAGCUGGAGGAGCAGAAGUCUGAGGCUGAGCAGCAGGUGAAGCAGCUGAAGGAUUCUCUGGACAAACUGCAGAUUCAGAUCCAGCAUGGAGGAGGAGGAGGAGGAGGAUGGAGCAGUGAGCAGCAGCGGAGGAUGCAGCGGGAGCGAGCCGAGCUGGAGCAGAACUUUGCCAGAGAGAUCGGGAACCUGGUCCAGAAGCUGAGCGCCGAGAAGGAGCAGCUGGAGGCCGAGCUGAAGCUGAAGAUGGACCAGGAGCUGCUGCUGGUCCGGGACGAGUCGCAGCAGCAGCUCGCUCAGAUGAAGCUGCAUCACGCCGAGUUGCAGCGCCGCCUGCUGCACCAGCUGCACCGCCAGAGAGGAUUCUGGGAGAACCGGGUCGUCCAGUCAGAGGAGCAGCACCAGGAGGAGGUCCGACGGCUGGAGGAGCAGCUGUCCAGGCCAGAGGAGGCGGGCCGGUCGGAGCUGGAGGCGUGUCGGGGGCGGAGCAGCGAGCUGGAGGCCCGGCUGGAGGAGGCCUGCACUCAGCUGCAGUCCCACGAGGUUCUGAACCGACAUCUGGCUGCAGCGAAGAGUUCUGUGGAGGAGCAGCUGCAGCUCACAGAACUGCGGGUCGAGUCCGAAACCUGCAGGAGCCUCAGGGAGCAGGAGCUGGAGAACCUGCAGGGGGCGCUGAGGAUCAGAACUGAGUCCGUUUCCAGGCUCUCUGCUGAGCUGGACUCUCUGAGAACGGACCGGGCCAGGCUGAUCCAGGACCUGAAGGACCAGGCCAUGGCUGUGGACAACCUGCAGCUGCAGCUGGACGGGAGGAGGAGCAGCGAGGAGGGUCUGCAGGAGGCUCUGAGGCAGGAAUGGACCAGAACCUCGCAGCUCCGGUCCGGUCUGGAUGAGGAGAAGGAGGAGGUCUGCCGGCUGAGGCAGGAGAACCGGAGCUACAUCCGACUGGCCGACCAGCUCUCCACCCAGAUCGUGGACAUGGAGGAGGAGAUCUCCACGCUCCGAGAGCACCUGAGGGAGCUCAGCCAGCAGCUCAACGACACCGCAGACCUGGUUCUGGACCUCCGGACCCAGCUCAACUCCAGAACCAGCAAGGCAGCGGAGCAGCAGAACAAGACUGGAGAGAGUCGCAGCGAGGUCCAGCAGCUGAGCGCUCAGCUGGAGGCCCGAGAGGCAGAACUGGACCGGGUCAAGAAGGAAGUUCUCCAGCUGCAGCAAGCCCUGCAGGAGUCCCGGAAGCAGCUGGAGGUCCUGCAGGACUCCCGGAAGCAGCCGGAGGUCCUGCAGGACUCCCGGAAGCAGCAGGACUUUGAGGAGGAGAAGUGGCGGCUGACACAGCAGCUGAUGGAGCUGGAGCAGCUGGUUCUGGCUCUGGAGGAGGCUUCGGACCCGUCUGGUUCACUCAGGACUCAGCUGGAGGAGGUUCGAUCAGAGAACGGAGCUCAGCAGGAGAGGCUGAAGGUCCUGCAGCAGGAGGUCCAGACCCUGGAGGACGACGUCAUCAAGAAGAGGAGGAGGCUGGAGGAGAUGGAAAAGGAGCGUGACAGAAGCAGAGAAGAAGAGGAGAGGCUGCACAAGGAGAACUCCAGGUACCGUCAGGAGGUUCUGGAUCUGAGCAGCAGGAACCUGCAGCUGAGCAACGACAACGCCGAGCUGAGCGCCCGUCUCCGUGGAGACCAGGAGUCGGUCCGGAUGCUGCGGGAGCGCCUGGCGACGGUCUCCAAGGAGCAGGAGGAGAAGGAGGCUAUGGUGCGGCGGCUGCAGGACGCAGCGCUGCAGCAGGAGAGAGACAAGCUGCAGCAGCAGAACACCUGGAUGCAGGAGAAGCAGCUGCUGCAGAAAGAAGUGAGCUGCUGCAAGGAGAAGCUCGACCUUCAGGUGGACGUGGAGGCGGAGCUUAGCUCAGCGACUCUGAAGCUUCAGUGGUUGGAGGAAGACAAAGACAAACUGCUGAGAGAUGCUGAGGACAGAAACAACAAGGUGGAGAAGCUGCAGCAUCGUCUCGUCUCUCUGGAGUCGGAGGCGGAGCUUCUUCGCUCCCAGCUGCUGGCUGUCAGUCAGGACGGACAAGGCCACGCCCACGAGGCCGGCGAGCUGCACGGGAAGCUGCAGGAGGCCCAGAGCAAGGUGGAGGAGCUGGAGGGCGGAGUCAGGAGGCUGCUGUGGGAGAAGGAGGAGCUCAAUCAGGAUCUGGAGCAGCUGAGAGUCCAGAACCAGGACCUCCAGAACCAGGUCUCGGAGCUGCAGGUCCAGGAUCUGCAGGUCCAGAAACUGAACCAGGAGCAGCAGAACCUGAGGAGCAGGCUGAGUGAGGCUGAGGAGCAGGCGGUCCGGGCCGACGCCUCCCUCAGCCUGCUGCAGGCGCAACACCUGCGACAGCUGCAGCAGCUGCAGGAGCGGACGGACGGCGGUCGCAUGGAGCGGCUGGAGGAGCUGCAGGAGAAGCUGGAGGAGGAGCAGAGGAGGAGCCAGCAGCUGGAGGAGACGCUGAAGAUGCAGCUCCAACAGAGCACUUCCCAGAUCAGCAUGAAGCAGGACCAGCAUGAGAAGGUGACAGCGGCGCUGCAGCAGACUGUCCAGGCCCUGGAGGUCAAACUGAAAGGAGUCCGUCUGGUUCUGCAGGACAAAGUCCAGCAGCUCAAAGACCAGAUGGUGAAGAGCAGCAAGGUGAGCGUCCUGCUGAAGGACGUGUACGUGGAGAACUCCCAGCUGAUGAAAGCGCUGCAGGUCACUGAGCAGCGGCAGAAACAGGCAGAGAAGAAGAACUGGCUGCUGGAGGAGAAGGUCAGAGCUCUGAACAAGCUGCUGAGGGAGAUAGUCUCCGCCUCCCUGGCCACGUAGCCCCGCCUCCUGAUGGAUGAAUCAGCAGCAGUUGGAACCCGACAUGAAGCAGCUUCAGCUCAGCGACAAACUGAACUCAGGUCUGAGAAACGUUGAAUUGAUGUGAAGCGUCUUCAGGAGAAACCUGUAAAUGAGUUAAAAUAAAGCUUCAGAAACUGACAUCAUCUCAAACAUUCUCACCCCAAAACUAAACGUUCAGUUUGUUUACAAAGUUCUCAGAGGAUUAGAACCUUAAAAUGUGUAAAAUGACAAAAAUGAGACAACACGAGACACAAAACGACAAAAACGGGACACAACAUGACAAAAAUUAGACAAAAUGACAAGACACUAAACUUGUAGAUAAAUCCCAAACUUUGCUCCCACCAAACUGCAUUUCUGUUCUAAUAGAUUUUAUUGAGAUUCUUAUAAAACCCUCAGAUCAGAUUUUCAUGUUGACUUUCAUUAUUAGAUGAAAGUUUCUAUUUUUAGAAUAAAAACAUCCAGCUCCAUUUAAACUCGGUUUUCUUCAAGGUGCUCUGAGUGGAUCUGUUCAGAUUCUAGGUGAAGGUUCAGCAGUUUGUGGGUGUGGCCUCUAAGCUGGCACACCUGUUCAGCAGGUGUGUUUUCCUCCUGGCUGAAGCUGCUUCAGGAGAAGAUUUCAGUAUUAUUGAACCUUCAUGUCCAGCCUUUUGCUUUUCUAUGUUUUUACUGUUGAGAUGAUACAAACUAUAAUAUUAUAAUAAUAAUUCGAGUUUUAUUGUCCUGAUCAGUGUUUUAUCUCCUCCUGCUCCUUUUAUUUUACUUGUCCAGGUGCAACAGACCAAAGUGUGACAUGCAGGAUGUAAAACCACAUUAAAUUAUGUUUUUAUCA